UAACGACCAAAUAAAUAAAUGCAUAAAAAUAGUACAAAACAACAAUCUGACAACAUUGUUGUUAACACUACACAAAAAUUAUAUGCGCAUUUAUGCCGCGGCAUAAAAAAUACCGAGACCGAUAACCGCUUGUUCAGUAUUAAAUUCGAUUUCGUUUCGUGGAUAUUACAACGAUAACUCUCUAUAAUGUCAGCUUCACCGAUGGCGAGACAAGCGGUUGGUACUCAAGCGAUCCCUAUUAAAAGGGUCUUAGUUAACGACCCUUCGGAGAUGCCAAAUCAUUAUUCGCAAACUCCCGGAGGAACUUUGUUUUCAACUACACCUGGAGGUACAAAAAUCGUGUACGAACGCAACUUCCUAUUGACGCUACGCAACUCGCCGAUCUCAAAAACCCCGCCCAAAUUCGGUAUUCCGGAGAAUCUAGUCAAAGGCAGCCCGCCUAAAAAGUCCACUCCAACCAGCAACCAACAACGCAAACUGCCACCCAAACCCCGAAAAGACAGCAACACUAAAACCAACGAUGACGACCAAUUCCAAAUGGAUCUUUAAUUUAUUUAUUUUACAUAUUUCUAUAUAGUUGUUAAGUUUUCUACAAUUUAAAUUAAAUUGUAUUUAUUUUUAUUUAUUGGCAAACUUCCCUUGAAGCGAUGUACUUUACCAUGUCGUAAAGACGUUGCGCGCAUGCGUACUCUGCGUCGUACCAUGCGAACAGUUUUACCAUACAGGGUGACAAACCAGAGCCGGCUUUAACGUCGAUAAUGCACGCAUGCGCGUUACCGAUUAAAUCUGAGCUCACUAGUUCUUCGUUGGAGCACUUUAGGAGGCCUCUCAUGUAACAAUCGGCCGCUUCUUUGAAUUUUCCCGUCAGGAUUUCGUAGGCGACUUGUUUUCUUAAGCUGAAAUCAGUUCAUUUUAAAAAAAGUAUUGUUCUGAUAUUUUUUUUUCUGGAACACCCUGUAUACUGUAAACCAAAAAUUUUUUGGCGCAGAUGUCUUUACUCAAGCUGGGUUCGGCUAUUCAGCGCGGAGUUGGAGUGGAGUAAGAACAGAGCUAAUGGAGUCACCCCAAUACGGUGAGAAGCAAUACCCGAACGACUGGAGUGCGAAUGGAAUCACUCGGAGUGCACGAAAUGAGCAAGCCGAACCCACCUUUAGCUAGAAUUCUAUUUUAGGUUCAGGGCGAUGUUGCCAGAAUUCUUAAUUUACAGAUUGUUUGUUACAUUAUUAAACAGUUAAAAUUUUCAUUAUUCCCGGCUCUCGAUUUGAUUUCAACUCGAUUUUUUGGCAACGUUGCAAUAAGCCGACAAAUAAUGUAAAAAUUUGCUAUGUUGAAGCACCCUAGAUGACGUCAUAAAGUUAUUAGGCAACCUAACUUUCUCAAACAACCUUGAUCAAGGCCUAACCUUGUGUUCGGUAGUAAGUAGUAACGCCCCGGAGCUGUUCUGGAGCUCUUCAUAAGUGUGAAAGGAAUACACCUAAUAAUAAACCAGUUCAUGAUUUUUUCUUAUUCGGAACAGCAAUCGACCUGCUCGAAACUCUGAGAACCAGUACAGAAAUUAUCUGGAACCGGUUCUAAGUGGCGCGGAGUUGGAGUGGAGUAAGAACAGGCCGGGGAAACUAAAAUCACGAGUCGACAUACGACUCGACAACGAGACGAUUUUUCCGACGAUUCUAGGUUAGAAAUAGAAAUCUCAUUGGAAUUGUACCUUUCGAGACGACAAGGCCGGUAUCGUUAUCGAGUCGUGUGUCGAAUCGUGAUUUUAGAAUCUCGGCCCAGAGCUAAUGGAGUCACCCCAAUACGGUAAAAAGCAAUACGCAAACGGCUGGAGUGCGAACGGAGUCACUCGGAGUGCACAGAGUGAGCAAGCCGAACCCACCUUAUGUUUAAUAUGAACAAAUAUGCAAGCGCACGUAUGAACAAACCUAUUGCAAAUUAGCAUCAGUUCAGAGUUGAUCUAGAACCGGUUCUAAAUGAACUGCGAAUAAUAAAGAGUGACUUCGAUGUGUUCCAAGACACUUUUUCCUCGUGAACUAAUCUGGAACAGAUCUUUAAAAUACAAAAAGAACGAUUUGCAACUGAUUCUUGUUGAACUUUAUAUAGUUUGGAACUGGUUCUAAUUGAAUUACGAACAAAGAAUAGAGCAAGUUCAAGGUGUUCUAGGACAGUAAUUCAGGAUUUGUAAUCUAAUUCAGAGCUUCAUUUGACAAUAAACGAGUUCGGAACAGGCUUUUGAUCAAUUUUUAGUAGAACAUAUCUGUUCUAUUUCAAUAAUGAUAAGUGACUUAACUAAAAUAGAAUUCUAUUUAUCGUUACAGGUGCCUGCAUUACCGACUUUUUAGGAUUUUGUAGGUUAUGUUUGCGGACUUUCCAGAGGAGAUUUCGUUCCAAUCGACAUUCUUUACUCAAAUUCUGUUUAUUGUUGCCUCUAGAACACUAAUUCUGGAUCCAGUGUAGGUUUUUUUAUGUUCGAAACUGAUCGGGCAACGUUAACAGUUACUCCAUUUGGUCCGAGAUUCUCGUUUUAGUGCACUAAAUU